AUGCACUUAGGCGGCCAUCGAUCCAGACCCAGUCUUGAGCCGCGCCUAGAGGAUCAUGGCAGAGUGAUCCACGAUGAAUACUCAGUGAUCCGAGAUAAAUAUGCUGCCCCCAAAUACCCCGUAGUUCUCGCCCAUGGCCUGCUCGGGUUUGAUGAAUUGCGUUUUGCUGGCCGAUACCUUCCCGGCGUCCAAUACUGGCGCGGAAUCAAAGAGGCCCUGACAGCGCGAGGAAUUGAAGUUAUUAUUGCUACGGUACCUCCAUCAGGAUCUAUUGAAGCCCGAGCAGAAGAAUUGGCCCGAGAUAUUGAACUCGGUGCGCGUGGGAAAGAUGUUAAUAUUAUUGCACAUAGCAUGGGGUGA